GAGCAUAUAAAGUCUACGCCACGAAGACAGAUAAACUACAGAGCCACACUGUCAGUACAUUGGAGGAGCUGUGAACAAAGGUCUGGAAGUUUGUCCAGGUGUGCUGGUGUUUAUUUGUUUGUGCAGGCGAUGUUUGAAGAAUGGAUGGAUACAAUACCUCCAAGAAUUCCACCUGUGAUCCUAUACUGGUGCACCAUUUAACUCCGCUUUACUUCAUGGUGCUCAUUGGAGGACUGGCAGGCGUCAUCUCCAUCCUGUUCUUGCUGGUGAAAAUGAACUCACGUUCAGUGACCACUAUGGCAGUCAUUAACCUUGUGGUGGUCCAUGGGGUAUUCCUACUGACCGUGCCUUUCCGUUUGGCGUACUUCAUCAAGGGGACCUGGACAUUUGGAUUACCCUUCUGCAAAUUCGUGAGCGCCAUGGUGCACAUCCACAUGUACCUCACCUUCCUCUUCUACGUGGUGAUCCUGGUCAUCAGGUACCUCAUCUUCUUUAAGCGUAGAGACAAAGUCGAAUUCUACAGAAAAUUGCACGCAGUUGCUGCUAGCACUGCCAUGUGGCUUUUGGUCAUUGUCAUUGUGGUGCCUGUGGUAGUUUCUCAGUACGGAAAUAAUGAAGAAUACAAUGAACAACAGUGCUUCAGAUUCCAUAAAGAGCUUGCCCACGAUUACGUCCAAGUUGUCAACUAUAUGAUAGUCAUUGUUGUCAUAACCAUUGCGAUGGUUCUCCUGGGUUUCCAGGUCUUCAUCACAUUGUCCAUGGUGCAGAAGUUUCGCCACUCCUUGCUGUCCCACCAGGAGUUCUGGGCACAGCUGAAGAAUCUUUUCUUCAUAGGCAUAAUCCUGAUUUGUUUCAUUCCGUACCAGUUCUUCAGGAUUUAUUACUUGUACGUAGUGGCACAUUCCAAGAGUUGUAAGAACAAAGUUGCAUUUUACAAUGAAAUCUUCCUGAGCACAACAGCAAUCAGCUGCUAUGAUUUGCUGCUCUUUGUCUUCGGGGGAAGCCAUUGGGUUAAACAAAAGAUUACUGACCUAUGGAAUUGUCUUUUAUGCCGCUAGCCGGGUACUACAGUAUUCAUUUCAUCCUGUUGUGGAUGAGAACAAGCAAGGGAGGUGAGAGUGGUUUUGCACUGCUUGAUCAGCCAAAGAAAAAGAAUAAGA